AUGUUCUGCCUACGGAGUCCAUACUGUUCCGUAAUAAUGCUCAUUCUUUUCACAUCAUCCUGCCAGUGGUCCGACCGCUGUUUCCUCGAUACAAAUAACGGUCACUGGUUCGAACCAAGAAUCCUCUCCCAUGCUUCCGUAUCCAGCACAAGCUCCACAAUAGCUCCCGGUCCCGGUCUUCAGCUUCCCAUGGGAGAUCUAGAAACUCAGGUGGGACAGUGGACAGGUCUGGGGCUAGAAUGGUUAAGAAGUUUCCUGGGAAGUAGGGAAUGGAGGGUUCCGUGUGUCGAUGUGACGGUGAGGCUAUGA